UAAACGUGGACGAAUUUCUGAAGAAUACAGAUGUUGACUCUUUUGGGCUGCACAACAACCUUAGUCGUACCGGAAGUAAAACGUCGAAAAGCAGCCAGAAAUCGGAAGCCUUUGAACAACCUGGUAGCGAAGCGAACGGCUCCAUUUACGACAGCGACCUCACUGAUGGUCUUUCGGAUGCGUUAACCCAAUCCCAGCCCUCUGAAGGCACUGUUGGUGUUGACAUCAAAAUAUUGUCUGAGAAGGAAGAUAUUGUGGAGGCUGCCAUUAAUGUCUGGGAUGACGCCCCAGAAGAGAGCUUGGACCUCACAGUGGAUAGCCAGGAGGGAGAAGGUGUGGAGCCAGUAAUAGAAAAUAUAGCUCAUGGAACGGAGCCAUUAUCAGAAAUGAACAUCCGCUGUACCGCCUUGUUUGGCUAUGAGGCUGCAAAUCCAGAUGAACUGAGCUUUUUAGAACAGGAAGAACUUUGGAUUAUCGGAGAAGGAGACGGUGAUGGCUGGGUAAAAGCACGAAACUACAGAGACGAAGAAGGCUAUAUCCCCCAGAACUACGUAGAAAUUGCUGAUGGCCAAAACCUUGUGUCAUCUAUAUUUAUGGCACCCUCGUCAUUCGCAUUUGUUGAUUUCGGUCAGUCUGACAAACGUGGUGAAGGUUUCGUUUCGGAAUCAUUUGUUCCUGGAGCGGAGAUUAACGACAGUUUGCAACUGCCCUGUGAUAAAUUCUGUCAGGCACUGUAUGAUUACGAAGCAACGUGCGACGAAGAACUUACCUUCAUGGAGGGCCAGGUCAUCCGGAUCUUGAAGAAAGUGGUCCAUGAUGUAGACGACGGAUGGUGGGAGGGCGAGGUCGACGGAAAUAUUGGCAUUUUCCCAUCGUUGGUCGUCAAAGAGAUCAAAACAAGCGGGGAAUCGCAGACUCCUAGUGACUUAGCUACACCCACAGACAGUGCCCCACCCCCAGCCUAUACUCCACCUAAACCGCAAUUGCUGUUACCACCAGCACAAGUGAUCCUAACUCAACCUACUCCUGAAACGGAGACCGUGGAGGACGGCACAGACCCACAGUCAAAUGUGUCUGUCCUGUACCGUGAUCCUGACUUCCAGCUGGAACUGUCGAAAGAACAGCAGCAACAAUACAGUUCUCAGUUCUCGAUCUCUGAGAGCGAGUCUAGUGAACAGGAAAUACCGGCUUCAUCUUCUGGAGGAGGAGAUUAUGCUCCUCUGACGUCCAGUCCCGAUAGUCCACCUCGUCCAGCGGUAAAAGAAAACGAAGAACGUUGUCAGAAAUCUUCCGAAUCAGACAAGCAGGGACUGGAGAAAGUUUUCCAACAGCCAACCAUCGUUGUUGAAGAUGUUGGGAGUGACGAUGAAACCACAGAAGAUCAGGACAGUGGCCAGUCACAAUGUUCCAGAAAAGAAGAAGACAGUCCUCCGGUUGACCUAGAUGACCUUACCAACUCCUCGGCUUUCACUUAUCAAAGUUCCGAAGAUUUGGGGAAAAAAAAUCAAGAUUAUGAAAGCGAGAAUAUUUUACAAAAUGGACACUCUCGUCCCAAAGAAACUGAACUUACUCACAGCGGUGAGAAAAUCGUGCCUGAGAAAGGAGCAGAGAAUGAAAUCACUGAUGAACCGGCAAAUAUUUCCAAGGUAGACACUCAGAAAGACUAGUGGAAAGGAUGUAAAGAUGAUAAGCCUUUCUUGUUUCAUAGUUUGUUGUAUAUGUGUGUGUGUUACAUCUGGAUUCACAUAUCAUCAAGGAACUCAUUCUAGCAAUAUGUUUAGUUCUCUUCUACAACUAAGUGUUUAUUCAUAAGUUUCACAUUUUUGAAAGUAAUUCCCAAAUCUCUUACUAAGAGCGCCACGACACGAACGACUUGUUUAAUUAAGGUCCAAAUCAUUUUGGUCCCAAGAGAUCCACUUUUUGGCGAAUAUUGUUAAAUUUUUUAUAUUUCUUUCAGUCACAGAUUGAAAUGCAUUUGUUGAUAUAACAUCUAUUUUGAGGACAUCCAACAAGUAUCUUUGUUUGUAAUUUCUCAGUCGUUUUGUUCCAUCACGUAAGAUCAAUUUUCAGGUCAUCCAAUAUACGUUAAAGAACGUUAUUGGCGAUUUCUAAGUAGUGUCGUUUUCAUCUGUCACAGGAAAUUCCUCAUGUAGUUUUUGGGAACAUUUCUUAGGCUUUUCGUCUUUUUGCUUUCAGUCAUAGGUAAAGAUGGAAGUGUUAACGCAAAGUCAGUUUUCAAACCAUCCAAUACAUCUUAAGAAGUAGUUUUGGUAAUUUCGCCCCCCCCCCCCCAACUAGAGGGGAGUUCCUCGUUUAGUUUUGAUGAACAUAGUUGAGCUUGUUGAUAGUUUUAUUUCUGUUUUCAAUUGUUUAUAUCGAGUUUUUUCAGUACACGAUUGAAGAACGGGAUUUGAUUUUAUUACUAUGUAUGGAUGCAUAUUGUUUUCUUGAUAUGCAAUCAUUUGUAAGUUCUGUGAGCAGUUUAGGAUCAUACAAUUGUUUUUUUCUGUAAGUCGAAGUAAAUUAAUAGAUUUGAAAUGAAUUUUUGUAAAUAGAAAAAAAGCAGGUUUUAUAUUCACCAAGAGAAGUAUAAUUUACCCGUAAUUGAAGAAGAGUUUUCAAUUUUUCCCCCUUGUGGUUUGGUGGACAAUUUAGUUAAACCACGUACGUAUGCAUGCUUCAAUCUUUUUAACACAUUGGUUCUCAGAUUUUUUUUUAAUCCCAUCGAACAACCAUGGGAUCUAUAUACUAUGCUGCCGUUUCCUUUCCGUGAUUAUGCAACCUUCUUUCCACGAAACACCUGGAGUACGCGGACCUCCAAUGGUUCCAAGACCGCUGUCCUAGAGCAUUUUUAAGCACAUAAAGAAGACGUCUACGACCUGAUCUACGCACUUCUGUUAUCCAAACAGUCUACACAUAUUUAAAGAAGUCUACAACCUGAUCUACGCACUUCUGUUAUCCAAACAGUCUACACAUAUUUAAAGACGUCUACAACCUGAUCUACGCACUUCUGUUAU